GUUUCAUUCAAUGGACAUGAACAUAAUCCCAGAAGAAUGGAAAUCUCUCUUCCCAAUUUCCUCAGUCUUCAAGCCUCCCCUCCUCCUUUCAAACCCUUCUCUAAAACCCAUCCUGGGUCCUCUGAUCUUCAACCCUAAACCCAACUCCACAACCCUCCUUUUCUCUUCUUCCUCUUCUCUUCUUCCCCCUCUCCCUCCUUUACCUCAUCUCUCUCUCCCUCGUUUUCUCCUCACUUCUCCCCCUGACUCUGCCCCUCUUCCCUCCUCCGUUCCCUCCGUAGCCUCCUUCUUGGGCCCCCACCACCCCAAAAGCGACGUCUCCUCGUCUCUCCUCUACAACCGUCUUGAAUUCCUUCAGUGCCCGCAGAUUAACACCGUCGUUGUAUUCUUCCCCACCGGUGAAAACUCUGACCAAGUUGGGUUCUUGCAGUUGGUGUUAAAAGGUUCGACCUUUGAUGUCAAAGUGGAUGAAAACGGAGGGGUUUUCGCUUCCAGGCGGUGGUUUAGUUAUCGGAUUUCGAGGAUUUCGGUGAACCCGAUUCCUGGGUUUUCGAGUUUAAGAGGUAAUGGUUCUUGUGUGACAAUUGGGUAUUUAUUGUCUUCUACUACGUACUUUGUGCAUUGGUUUAUUGUAAAGGUCGGAGAUUUUGGUCCAAAUUCAGAUAGUAGGGUUAGUUUAGUUCAUUUGGGUAGUAAGAUUUUCAAGACUUGCUGUGUUGUACAUGCUUGUUGGAGUCCUCAUUUAUUGGAAGAGAGUGUGGUCUUGUUAGAGAAUGGUGAUUUAUUCUUGUUUGAUUUGGACUCUCGUCUAAAAACCCCCCACACUUUGAAUGCAAAUUUUAAAUUUAAUGGGACCAGAUUGAAAGUGCCCUGGGAUAUUGAUGAUGGUUCGGGUAGUUCACGAAAUUAUAGGUGGUUGAGUUGUGAGUUCAGUUGGCACCCUAGAGUUUUGAUAGUUGCACGUUCAGAUGCAGUUUUCUUAGUUGAUUUGAGGGCCCAUGAGUGUAAUGUUAGUUGUUUGAUGAAACUUGAGAUGUUGCAUAUGUAUGCCUCCAUUGAAAAGGAGCAGUUCCUUGUGCUUUCGAAGGCAGGUUCUGAUGAUUUUCACUUUGUUUUGGCUUCUGACACUUUGUUAGUUGUUUGUGAUGUGCGCAAGCCAUUGAUGCCGAUGUUGCAAUGGGCUCAUGGCCUUGAUAAACCAAGCUAUGUUGAUGUUUUAAGACUGUCAGAGUUGAGGUCACAGUCGAGGGAUGACAAAUUUAAUUGGGCUUCUGACUCGGGUUUUUGCAUUAUAGUGGGGUCGUUUUGGAAUUGUGAGUUUAAUAUCUUUUGCUAUGGACCUUCCCUCCCAGCUCCGAUAGGAUCAGUAGCUUCGAAAAUAGCAGAACUUCGGAAAUCCUUCUAUGCAUGGGAGCUUCCUUCAGAUCUUUUAUUGUCAGGCCAUGAGUGCCAUUGUGGAAGCUAUCUUGUAAAAGAAGAGUUUUCAAAAGACGCUCUUCCUGAAUGGAUUGAUUGGCAGCAGAAGAAAGAAAUUGUUUUGGGCUUCGGCAUUGUAAACAAAGAUCUGUCUGCUCUGCUUUCUGAGCCAGAUGAAUUUGGUGGUUUUACAUUGAUAUUUUUUUUUUUGGUCGAAAGUGGUUUUACACUGAUAAGGCUUAUGUACUCAGGUAAGCUUGAAUUACAGAGAUAUUGUGCGUCGUUUGAUUCUGUAUAA